CCACACCCCUUAUUUAAGGAGACUGAUUUUGUGUUUGGAUUCUAACAGUAUAUGCAUAAGAAGAAAAAUUCCGAAGGUUGAUAUGGGAAUCUGUGCAUCUAUUGCAUCUGAGAUACAUGAUGAUGCAUAUGGCCAAGAGAAUGCUGUAUACUACAGAGAAAUCGGUGAUACAAAUGGAGUACAUGUAAUCGGUUCCACUUAUUCUCAUCCAGGAAGCAAAGGGUUUAAUCAGGAUUCAGCAAUUCUCUAUCAGGGCUAUGGAAUUGAAGAUGGAGCUUUUUGCGGAGUUUUUGAUGGACAUGGCAAAAAUGGUCAUAUUGUGAGCAAGUUAGUGAGAAACCGGUUGCCAUUGUUGCUUCUUAACCAGAGAAAUGCAAUAGCAAAGAUCAGCACAUCAGCAAUAUACACAUCUUCUCUUAAACGAAGCGGAAGUGUGAAUGGUGAAUUAGUACCAAGCAAGAAUUUCAUGAAAUGGAAAGAGGCUGGUUUGAGUGCCUUUAAAGUGAUGGACAAGGAACUCAAGCUUCUUGACAAAUUUGAUUUCUGCUGCAGUGGAACUACUGCUGUUGUUGUCGUAAAACAGGGGGGAGAUCUUGUUAUUGCAAAUCUUGGUGAUUCCCGAGCAAUUUUGGGAACAAAGACUGAGAAUGGAAUAAAGGCUGUUCAGUUAAGUACUGAUUUCAAACCAGAAGUGCCCGGGGAGGCUGAGAGAAUAAGAAAGUGCAAUGGAAGGGUACUAGCACUAAAAGAAGAACCACAUAUUCAAAGAGUUUGGCUACCCCAUGAAGACUCUCCUGGCUUAGCCAUGUCUCGAGCUUUUGGAGACUUUUUACUCAAGUAUCACGGCAUCAUCUCCAUCCCGGACAUCUCAUAUCACCAUAUAUCCACAAACGAUCAGUUUCUUGUCCUGGCUACAGAUGGGGUGUGGGAUGUGCUUAACAAUGAUAAAGUCAUAUCCAUAGUGGCCUCAGCCGAUAACGAAGAGGCUGCUGCAAAAGCAGUGGUGGAUGCCUCGACUGCUGCUUGGAAACGCAAGUUUCCAAACUCGAAUAGAGAUGACUGCACUGUCAUCUGCCUCUUCUUGCAAAACAAGAGUCAACACGAUCUGCAGCUAAAUAUUUAAGAAAUGCUACUUUACGAUAUGUGCAAGAAAUGCUAAUGGGGUGGCUCGUCUGGGAUUGAGGAGUGAGAAAAAAAGAGGAUUGAACCACCACGAGUUUUUCAUAUAAGAAGCUGUGAAUGGCAAUGGUUAUUGCUGUUUAAACUUUCCUUGUGGUUUUGUUUUAGUUUUCUUUAUAUUUGUACCUCGUAAAAAUCAAAUAAAAACAGCAUAAAAAAUGAUGUAUGAUUUAUUAAAAGCUCCUUUUAACUUGUUUCCUCUCUUCUCAUCCCUUUUUGGGUGAAAUUUUCCAGGUAAGUUCAUGCUGUCCAUGAAUAGUCGUACACAAUAGUGUUUGCUACAUGGUACUUUGUAGUAGUAGACAUUAUAAUAAAAAACGAUUUUAUCUAGUA